AUGACCGCCUACAACACUCACUGCGCUCUAGAAGUCAGCCCGGACGACGUGUGGUUGACGAUCCUCUCCCAGUUCUGCGCAUACGUCAACAAGAACGCCGAAGGGUUGCGCGACAGGGUGGUUGAGCAUGAGGGCAAGAAGGGGCUGACCGUGGAAGGGUACGGGUCGUUGGAAACGGCCGACUAUGCGAAGUUGAUCAAGGAUCUCUUAGGACAAAUCAGGCAGAACAUCAAGUCCCCCGAGCUGGCGGACUGGUUCCGCCCUGGGUUCUCUACUUCUACGGAGACAGACGAGGUGUGCGCGGCGGCAACAGCUAUGGCGAGCCUGCAGGCAUACUUCGAGCAUACAAUGUGCCUGGCGUGCAGCAUUCCGUCGGUGACCCUGAUGGGCACAGUUGAGGACUGGGAGCUGCUACGGGAGAAGAUCGAGCGAAUGCUUGAGUUCGAGGUGCUGGACAACCCGGAGGGCAAGGUGAUGGAGGUGUGGGUGGGGUACCUGAGGAAGGUGUGCGACGGGUUCGUGGAGUCGGCGGAGCACCCGGACAGCGCAGCGACGGUCGACUUCUGGGCCAAGGUGGGCAUGCUGCGAUGA